AACUAAUGGUCAGUAGAGAAUGCUCAACUUGGCCUUUUGCAUAGUAUAUUUUUUUCAUCAAAUUUUUAAAGUAUUACUCCGUAUUAUAUUGUACUACUACAAUCUUUAACUAAUAAUUACUUUCAUUAUGGAAAAUACUUGGGGGAUUCGACCUCAAGUAAACACUAAGACAAAGGCAUACACAUAAAAACAAGCAAUAUAUGCUAGUUAAUGUCAUGCAUCCCACGCAUAGGAGGGCUUAAAAUCACUGUCCUUGGGGAACUCGCCUCCAGCAAAGUAAAACCCAAGAACAUCGACUCUCCAAGUGGAGUACCUCUCGUUCGCGGCAAAAUCGUGGUGGGCGUCAUAAACCGCGAAGCUUUUGGAUUUGGUGCCCCAAUUGAAAUCGCACCAGAACAGAGUCGUAGCCCAGACGUUAACGCGGAACCGAAUCUCGCGCUCUUGGUUCUCCCCCAUGGUCCACACCCCCAGAUCAUCGGAUUUAGAUCGGCAGUGCACCUGCAGGUUCGGAGCAUGGAGCGAAUUGUUGGCCGGGAUAGAAUCUUGAAUCCGCACCACCUUUUUCGGGAGGAUAAGGCUAGCGGCACUGGCGAUCUGCGGCGGCGCUACUGUUGCGCAAGAGACNCGCACCAGAACAGAGUCGUAGCCCAGACGUUAACGCGGAACCGAAUCUCGCGCUCUUGGUUCUCCCCCAUGGUCCACACCCCCAGAUCAUCGGAUUUAGAUCGGCAGUGCACCUGCAGGUUCGGAGCAUGGAGCGAAUUGUUGGCCGGGAUAGAAUCUUGAAUCCGCACCACCUUUUUCGGGAGGAUAAGGCUAGCGGCACUGGCGAUCUGCGGCGGCGCUACUGUUGCGCAAGAGACGAAAAACAGUUUGAAUAUGAGUAAGGAUAUCUAAUGUACCUACGUGUAGUAAAUAAGAUAUACUACACGCUCAGUGUUGAAGAUGAGUAAGGAUAUCUAAAGCAUCGAACAAACCCUAAUAAAUUGAAUCUCAAUUCAUAAUUAAAUCAUUUGAUACCAUGCUCUCAAUAAGGAGAUAUGCAACUAAGAAUGAAAAAAAAUAUUUGGCCCCAAAACCUAUCAAAGAAAAAAAAAUUGUCCCAAAAUAUACUCUCCCAAAUCAAUGAAAUAAACAUGAUAAUCUCCCCCCACACUUAAAAUAUACAUAGACCUCGAUGCAUCUAUAUGAUAUAACAAUAAGCAACAAUGAUGUAUCCAAAAGAAUAACCUAAGUGAGAAGGGGAUGGGGAGUAAUGCAACAAAAGUAAAGGAGAAAGGAUGGGAAGUCGAAUGCAAAUUAAAAAAAAGUAUAUGCGGCACCAAUUCAUCAGUUCCCCUUCUGUAUUGUGCUCGUAUCCUAAAAUCUGCAAAGAGAAGGCUAAGACCAAGUAUUUUAGCGUUGAAGAACAAAAAAAUGAUGUUUUCCAUUUUAGCACAUAUAAGCUGUGAAAAGUGUAGAAUUUUUCAUUCUGCACUCAAAAAACAAGCUUACAAAGUGCAUAUUUUUCAGUUUAAGCACAAAAAUCAAAUUGAGAAGUGUAGAGUUUUUCCAUAAGUACCCAAAAAUCAGCCUUAAAACUGCAGAAUUUUUCAGUUUUCAGCCAUAAAAGAUCAAAUGUAAACACCUAAGGCUUAAGAAAAUUGAGACUUGAUAAUAAACCAAUACCCGGGUACUUAGAGUUCUUUCAGAAUUUUACUCCAAACAGAGAUGCUCCAACCUAUGACUGAACAAAUCUUGCAAAAAGCUCUCAAAGUAGAUGGUUAGAAGCACAAGUAAAAAAAACAAUUAAGCUCAACAAGAUCA